UCCACCCAUGGAUUUUGGAUAUAAAGCAGCAAUCACAAAACCCAGUCAGACCCAAAGAACCAUGACAUACACUGAGGAUCACAUAGCUUAAAGCACAAAACCCCAAAAGCAUUCUCUCCCGAAACACUGAUCCCCAAAAACAACGAGAUGUUAGAGGUAGACCGAGUUGGAUAUUCUCCCUCACCGGAAGAAGCCGAGGCUUUUAGCUACAUGAACGACUCGUUAGGUGCAGGCAGUAGUUUAAAGAAGAACAGAAGCAAGAACAACAAGAAGAGGUUCAGUGAUGAGCAGAUUCGAUCGUUGGAGUCCAUUUUUGAGUCCGAGUCGAGGUUGGAGCCAAGGAAGAAGCUACAGCUGGCGAAAGAGCUGGGGUUGCAACCAAGGCAGGUUGCGAUAUGGUUUCAGAAUAAGAGAGCUCGAUGGAAGUCGAAGCAGCUUGAAAGAGACUACAGCAUACUCAGAGCCAACUACAAUAACUUGGCUUCCCGGUUUGAAGCCCUCAAGAAAGAAAAGCAGGCCUUGGUUACUCAGUUGCAGAAGCUGAAUGAUAAGAUGCAAAGGCCAAAAGAGGAAAGGAACAAUAGCAUUGAUGGCGAAUCGGACAAUGGAGAUGAUGCUACUAGGUCGGAAUCUGAGGGGAAGCCUAAUUACCAGAUGUCAUUGGAAAAAUCAGAACAUCGGCUUCGAGUUAUGUCAGAUGAUGAUAGCAGCAUAAAGGCAGAGUACUUUGGACUUGAGGAGGAACCGAACCUUGUGAACUUUGUGGAAUCUGCAGAUGGGUCCUUAACGUCUCCUGAAGAUUGGGGUAGAUUGAACUCCGAUGGUGGUCUCUUUGACCAAUCGACUAGUGAUUAUCAGUGGUGGGAUUUUUGGUCUUGAAAGAUGAAAAUGUGUAAAAAUAAGAAAAAUAUUCUUGCUGCCACUUGUGGACACUAUCGCUACAAGUGACUCCCCUCUGUCACCGGUGUAUACAACUAGGUGUCUGUCUCUCUAGCUGCGUGAGAAAGUUACAUAUAGUUGUAUACAAACAGUGACAGUGAACACCAUCAUGUCACGGAGAGGAUGAUUCUGCCAACAAGUACAAUGGGGAGGCAAAAGAGUAUAAAGCUUUCAAAGAGCUAGCUAACCUUUGGCAAGGAGAAAUUUUUGUAUAUAACCGUUGCAAUAAUACUCUUCCGAUCACAUGUUAGACUAGAUGUGAUGGGAUCGAAUGUGGAAAUACAACGGGCCUAUGUACAAUUUGUCCUCUUAGCCAACAGAUUAGCGCACACCGAUUCAUCUAUGCAAUAAACCCAGGAACCUGAUCUAGCAUCUAACAUGAUUCCAUGCAUGUAUGAGUAUGUUAGAACAUUUGUGGUAGCUAGCUAAUUAAGUGCCCAUUUACAAACUAGAAGUUUCAUACUGCACUGGAUCACAAAAUAUUCAAUUUAGAUUACCAUGAAUGGAUAAAGUUAGCAUGAA